AUUUAUUUUUGAAAAAUGUAAUAUUUUGAAAUAAAUUUAAUUAUUUUCCCAUUGUAAAAAAGCUAGCUGCUCGUUCCUUCAAUGUGGAAUUCCACAAAUCCUCUGUGCUGAGCCACACAUAUCCGGUGAAAUUUAUUAACUGCAGCAUACGAAAAUUGGCCCCUAAUCGCUUCUCAUCCAACAUAGCUGUGAUGUUGGAACGCCAAUUGCUCAACAAUGCCGAAAUUGAAAUCAAAAUUACCUAUCAACAUGUCAAGGAUGAUAAAAUUCGGAGUUUUGUUAAUAUGAAAUUGAAUAUCUGCGAAGCAUUGCAGCAGCUCAAAGGGAUGCCCAUAAUUCGAAAACUGUUUCUCCAAUUGAUGUCGUCGAGUAAUUUGCCCUGCAAUUGUCCCAUUAAGGGGAACAUUUUAUAUAGCAUGAAAGAUUUUCUACUAACCGAAGACACCCUGCCACCCUAUACGCCCAUCAUUAAUUUCAAUUAUUCUCUUGCCUUUUAUGAAGAUCAACAAUUAAUUGCCAAAUUGUUAACCCAAGGGUCUUCGGUGCCGAAGACGGCAGCAGUGGUUCGUAAGAUAAGUCGUAAAGGGAAUUAAUUUUUUUUAAUUAUUUUAAUGAGCUUUUUGGUCAGAUAUAUAAAUAAAGAAAACUAAUGGCUUCUUCGGUGGGUAUUUCAUUGAUUUUGUAUUUCUUUUUUGAAUUGUA